UACUUCCAAUCCAAGAAAACUUUUCUGAUAACAAUGGCGAUCCGAAAGGCGGUAACGAUCGGUUUAUGGCUUUUCUUUGCCGUAAGCUGCAGAGCUGCGGCCAAAACUCCGGAUUGCUACAAUGUCAAAAGCCCUUCGUUUAAUCGUAGCUGUUUUCCUAAACAUUUUCUCUUCGGAACUGCCUCUGCUUCUUAUCAAGUCGAAGGUGCGUGGAAUGAAGGUGGUAGGUCUCCGAGCAUAUGGGACACUUUCACUCAUAAAUUCCCAGCGAGAAACAACUUCAACACCGGGGAUGUUGCGGCUGAUUUUUACCAUCGUUACAAGGACGAUAUCAAGCUGAUGAAGGAGUUGAACAGCGAUGUUUUCCGGAUGUCGAUCUCAUGGUCGAGAAUAUUGCCUCGGGGAGGAAGCCACAAGAACAUGGAGGGAAUCAAGUUCUACAAAAGCGUCAUCAACGAGCUCGUUAAAAAUGGCUUGCAAGUAUCGGUAACUCUAUUCCAUUGGGAUCUACCUCAAGUCCUUGAAGACAAAUACGGUGGCUUUUUGAGCCGUCGAGUCGUCAAGGACUAUAGAAAAUUUGCCAAGAUAUGUUUCCAAGAGUUUGGGGACAAAGUGAAAUUCUGGGCGACGUUCAACGAGCCAAAGGUGUACAGUGUGGCCGGUUACGAUCGAGGCAUCAAGGCUCCGGGAAGAUGCUCCAAAUUCGUAAAUCCCGAGUGCGAGGCAGGUAAUUCCGCCACCGAGCCUUACAUCGUUUCUCAUAACAUUCUUCUCGCCCACGCCGCCGGAGUCCAGGAGUUCAGGAAAUGCAAAAAGUGCCAAAGCAUCAAAGCCAAGAUAGGAAUGGCGCACUCUCCGGUAUGGUACGUUCCAUACAGCAACACUCCUGCUGAUAAAGAAGCCGCCCAACGAGUCCUCGACUUUGAAUAUGGAUGGCACAUGCAUCCAAUGACAUAUGGGGAUUACCCAGAAAGCAUGAAGAAAAUUCUGGGGAAACGAUUGCCUCGGUUCAGCCAUAGCGAAUCUCGGAAGCUCAAGAACUCCUACGAUUAUGUCGGAAUCAAUUACUAUUCUACCAACUACGCAGCCGAUCUCAAGAACGUAGAUCCUACUAAACCAAGAUACACCACUGACGCACAUGCUGACAGGAGAACCGAGAAGAAUGGAGUUCCUAUCGGCCCAACGGCUGCUUCGGCUAACGUCGUGGUUUAUCCAAAGGGUAUGAGAGAAAUAGUGAAGUAUACAAAAGAUCGUUACAAGAAUCCUGUCAUGUACAUCACGGAAAAUGGGUACAGUGAUGUCAACAAUCAGACAUUACCACUUAAGGAAGCUCUCAGGGACAAAGGAAGGAAGGAUUACGUUCAAAGGCAUCUCGUGAGCCUUCUCAAGGCCAUCAAGGAGGAUGGAGCAAAUGUGAAAGGGUACUUUGCAUGGGCCUUAACGGACAACUUAGAGUGGCAAUUAGGAUACAGCGUUCGGUUUGGUCUUUACUUUGUCGACUUCCAAGACAACCUCAAACGCUAUCCCAAGGAAUCGGCCAAGUGGUACAGCAAAUUCCUUGCGAAAAACUAAACUGAUUUUAUUCUCUGUGUGUGCAUAUACAUAUAUUUAUUUUCUUUCUUCAAUUACUUAUGUAUUUAUAUUUGCUUUUAUAAAUGAUAUAUGUAUACAUACACACAUGUAUUCUUUGUACUCUCCAUCUAUCUGUAUGGGAAUGUUUGUCUCUUUUGCUGUA